AUGACGCGAUAUCAAAUGCAAAUAUGUCAUCUGGGCCUGGAAGAUUGCGAGAUUUGUCAUGCUAGUCUGGCGUGACGGUGACUCUGCGCUCUGUAUUGCGUUGCCAUCAAGAGGUCCUCUGGCCUGUCAUGCGAAAGCGCAGUUUCUCAUGCGAAAUACGCAUUACAGAAGCACGAAAAAACUUGUCAUGCUUGGCGGCGCAUUACAGAGCACGUAUUGUUCACGGACUUGCAUCACAAGUUUCCAGAGCCAGACAUAUUGGCAGUUGAUACGCGAGAUGCGGCGAGCACCAUGGUAGAAAUCCACUCGAAUUUGGUGGAAAAGUCCUUGCAGGGUGCGAACCAACUGAUCGAAAACCUGCCGAAAAAUCGGAACUCCUCUGCGACAGGGUCGUCCUAUCAAGCAAAUCUGCCGGCGGCGCUGGCGAAGAAUUUACCACCUGGGGUAGAACAAGAACUCCAAAGGAAAAACACUGCACAAAACGGCAUCAGUUACGAGAAGAACUACACUGUGGUACAAAAAUCUAAAUAUCAAACGCAGUCAGCACAACUCCAGGUCCAGGGCGGCGGCGCUUUGAACCAUCCAUUGUAUCUCCUGACAGACCAAGGUUUCACGCAAAUCGAAUUGACCAGCUGGCUGAAGCUGACGAAUAUGCUUUUGGACACGGAUAGCCUCAAUUCCUCCUCGUCCAACAAGCGGUGGGAGGAUAUGGCGAUCUCAAACGAGACAUUCUCCACUACUACAUGAAUUUGUCAUCCAGAAGCGCCAUAAAUAUCUACAUGAGCAAGCUGCUUCGCAUGACAAGUUCUCGACGCGCCAUAUAGCGUUACAAUUUGCGCCAUGAAACUUGUAAUGCAAAAGGUGCAAUCUUCCUCCUUUCACUUUUGCCAUUCUUCCAUUACAAAUUCAUGCAAAAGUUGAGAGUGUAACGUUUGAGAACGCCAUGGAGGAAAUUCUGCGUCUCUUUGUCGACGUUUUCGACGGAAAGUUAACGCCGCUCCUCGACUUCCCGAUCGAGGACAAGCAGCGGAAGCCGAUUUUGAAGCAGAAGAUCACGCAGUUCUUGAUCGGCUUUUUGGACUACCAACUGGUGGUCGCGGAAAAGAUGGCGAAAAAGAUUUUGCAAACGCAAAAGAGGCUCGGGAUGGAUGUAUCCUGUGUAAAAGCGUCCCCAUACCAGAGUCAAGAUGGGAAAUCUGCUAGACAAAUCAACCAGCUUUGGUUGCUUCGCAUGACAAGUUUGUCCUUGUAGUGUAAUCCUCUUUGGAUAGUUCAGCAGCGUCACAGAUCUAGCAUAUCUUGGUGAUUCUAGCAUCACAAAUUCCACGACUUGACUAAAAAAUGCUUUCCAUGUGCAUCCGCAUGAGAAACUUUCUUGGUAUGCAGAUUUGCAUGACAACUCUGGGGUGAGGACGUUUUUGCCCAGAAUAGGAUGCGAGUGUGACGGAAAAGCAGUCGGCGAUCAAACCCGCAGAUAUGAAUUGCAAAAGCAGCGUAUAACUCGUAUAAAUGCAUUACAAAUUUCCUCAGCAUGAGAGAUGGAAUUUGUAAUGCUGAUCUGCUUGCAAGAAAAAGAUUUGUAAUGCAUGAUUGCAAUGCAACGAGUGCGAUACUUUUGCACAGGACAGCAGAAGAAAUACAGCAACUGAUGAAAAAAACCGUCGAAACCGUGAUUACGGUGUGUCUCAAGUGCGAUCUUUAUGACCCCAUGUACAAACGGUUUUUCGCCCGGCUGUCGACGAAGAAGCAGAAGUCCUACUUCAUCAACGCGUUGGAGCAGUACUUACUGUUGGAAAACUAUGCAAAGAAAAAAGUGUUACAGUUACACACAUAGUCAUCUAUGCAAAACAUGCAAGACAGACGACCUCUCUUAUGCGCAAAAUGCUUGCGAGUCUCGUUUCGUGUGUGUUUUGCCUUUAUGAUCUCUGCAUUACAAGUUUACGGCGUCAUGCGAGGCAAACGCAAAUUUGUGAUGCUAGUUUCACUACAAGUGUGUAACUGUAACAGUCUUUUCCUUGGAUAAAAACGGGUUGGUAAAGGAAAUCGACGCGGAGGUGUAUUCCUAUCGAGAAGAAAAUCCCCCCUCCCCAUAUCAAAACGGAAAUCUGUGAUGCAGAUUUGUGGCCACAAAUCAGCUGCGUCAUGCUAGAAGGAAUGACAUGCGGAGCGCAGUGCUGGCUGGCGUGCGAAAGCCUUGCGCCUUCAUCAUGACAGAGAGCAAUUGGAAGGGGGAAACAGCGUGACAAAUUGCCUGCAAACGAGGCCACAGCUGCGGCUCUUGGCCUUCUAGCAUCACAAGUCGAUUUGUGUAAUCAGAUACAGCAUCACAAGUCUCCUUUUCAUCGAUAUGGGGAUGGGGGAUUUUUCCUUUUGAUAAUUCCAGUAUCCUCGACAGCUACUCCGCCAGGUUGCAGGAGGAAGAGGAAACCGUGGCGCGGUUGUUCAAGUAUCCUGUGCAAAAGUAUCGUACUCGUAUUGCAAUCAUGCAUUACAAAUCUUGUUCUUAAGGAAAAUCCGCAUUUCAAAUUUUAUUUCUCAUGCUGAGGAAAUUUGUAUAUGCAUUUCUACGAGUACGAUACUUUUGCAGUUCAUAUCAAGAAAACAGCGUCAACAGCGAGUAAUGGACCACCUGGAUCGCGCGCUUUCGCGUCCUCGGCCGUGCAGGUGGGAAGUACUUCCAGAGGUGGCUCUGAUGCCUCAACAUCUUCUGUCGGUUUUUUUUCGGUGAAGGAUUUCACGUUAGCGGUGGAUUCGUUGAAGGAUGGUGAAAUGAAACCGCUAGCGACCCUGCCGUAUCACAUUCAGCAUGACGAGUAUCUGAAUGUGAAGCUCGGCGAAGAUCAGGUAAACGGUUUUUCAUCCUGAAUCGAUUGUAUUUGUCUUUUCAAUCAUUUGUACUCAGGCGAUUUUACGACUUUGGUAUUUACACGCAAAGAAGCUUCUGUGUAAGCAGCAUGCACCAUCGCGUUUUUCGCUGAGUACUAAAGUAGCUACGUCGGAAUGUCGCUCGCACCCAGAGGAGCCUUCAUACUAUAACGAGAAAAAUUUGUUUUACUUGCAUAACUUUUUCAAACGCUGAAUUCAACAACGCCAAUACUGACAGGUCGACUUCUUCCCGCACGCGUUCGAAUCCGCGCUGCACUUGACCCGCUUAGUUAUUUCCAGUAGGAACGACCUGUUUCGUCUGGAUCUCAACCUGGCUAUCCGGAUUCUCACGCAGUUUCGGUGCUACAUAUCCUGUGUAAAAACAUACCCACACCAGAGCUGUCAUGCAGAUUUGCGAUUACAGGAACGUUUGUAAUGCGCAUCCCCAAAGAAGGGAUUUCCAGUCGUGUUUUGGAAUUUGUAAUUCUGGUAACAGGAUAAGCAGAUGGAUUUGUGAUGCGGUUGUCCUUGCUCGCAUGCACUACACUACGGCCUGCAACUUGUCAUGCGUGGCUCCCACCACUUCUGGGUUUGUGUUGCUAAGUUCCCAACUUGACUAUGGGGUGGGGACGUUUUUACACAGGAUACUACACCGCCCUGAUCUACGUGUACCUGGCGACGAAAGAUUUUACCAGUCCACUGGAGCUGCUCGUCGGGUAUGGACUGCAAAAGCAUCGUACUACGUAUAAUUUGCAUGACAAAUUUCCCCAGUAUGAGAAAUGGAAUUUGUAAUUCGGAUUCAACUUAACAAAAAAGCUUGUAAUGCAUCAAUGCGAUCAGUACGAGUGCGAUACUUUUGCAGUGGAUAUCGGGGAGUGCACGCGGAUUUUUAACAAGUCGAAACGGAAAUCGAACGUCAAUUCGCCUGCAAAUACGCCGCCUGGUGUCAACAUCAUGGAAACUACAUCUGCAGCAGCAGGUCGUGGGACUUCUUGUUCUCCGAGAAAUCAACCGUCAAGCGAAGAUGUCAGGAUCAUCGAGCCGGCACUUUGCGAAUUCCUGCUGGUGCGCAAGCUUUACCACUUCCUCCUCUCCAGUCUGUCCGGAUCCAGCUUUCUCGCGGGGACCGAGCCGCCUACGAGUGUGGAGAUCCGUGACGUUCUGAAGCGAAUUUUCUUGCGCCGGAAAACGGAUGUGGCCGACGCCCCGCCGGACAUGUUCGCGAAGAUCAUGAACCUGUCCCCCGUAUCACUGUUCCGCUCCUUCGCGCAAUUAUUCUCUCUCUCUUCCGGCGGCGCGGUGGGGGGCGGGAACGUUUUUUGGUAUGAGCGGACAGACUAUGAGAGUGUACAACUCCCCGUCCACCUCAUUUGUCAUGGAAAAACCCAAAUCCAGUUGCCGCUCUGUGGCACAGUGUGCAUAACAAAUAAUUCCGGAAUCCCAAACAGUACUGCACUCCUUCGGCGCAGAACUUGUCAUGCACAGGGUCCGCCUGUGCUGGUGGUUGUGAUACUGUUCAUGCCAUACAAUGUGGGGGAGUGCGGGGAGUUGUGCACUUCCAUACAGACAGCAGCAAGCUGUCGGUGGAGCAGGGGGCGCAGAAGAACGAGGCUCUGAAACUACUCCAGUCGCAGGACACGUUUAUUGAGGAGGUUAUGGUCAGUUUUAAGCAGUGGUUUACAAUCACGAAAAAAACCGCGACGACGCAAAUUUCGCAGAAGCAACUCGCCCACGCCGCCGACUGCUACACCUGGUUCAUUGGGCGGGCGCUGGCCAACGGUAUCGCAAGAAAAAACUUUUUCAUUGUGAACUUGUGAUGCAGAAAAUGGAACACAGAACUACUUGUCUUGCUACGCCUGCAAUACAUUGGAUUUUCAAGCGUGUUUUCCCCGGGAAAGCGCGCAUUAGAAAUUUUCAACAAACUUGUGAAGCAGAUCUUGCAAAGACAUGACAGUGAAACAGUUUUUUCAUGGGAUAAACGGGGAAGAGACUUCGAUCUGGAUUCAGAAGGCCGGAAUGACGGUGAUAAAGUGCCUGGUGGAAGAUACGAAACAGCGGCUGCAUUCCUACAAAGCCACCGUCACGGAGUUGGAAGAUUUGUGCGUGCUGAUUUUCAAACGGUGCGAGAAGUUCUUGAAUUUGGCAGCUGUUGUAUCGACUCCUGGAGGUGGUCCAGGUCCUCGUCUUCCUGGGCAACCGCAACUACAGAUGAUGAAUAAGGGUACCGUCGUGAACUACUCCAAUACAGCGACUGGUGUGGCGCUGCCAGGAGGGUCGGGCUCAACAACUCUCCCGUAUUUCAACCCGCACGAGGAACUUCUGAGUGACGGAGUUUAUGCACUGCAAAAGCAUGAUCGUACUAGUAUAAAUUGCAUUACAAUUUAGCCCAGCAUUACAAAUCAAAUUUGUAACGCUGAUUUACCUUGAGAAAAAAAUUUAAUUGCAUGACUGCAAUUACUACGAGUGCGAUACUUUUGCAGAGCAUAGAGUUCAUCCACCAGCUAAUCCUGCAGGAGCAGCCGUUGAAACGAUUCAGAACCCGCAGCGUGCCAUCCAGCAGAUCAUCGCGCAGUGUGAGAGACGGUCUUUCCUUAUCAAAGGAAAAAGUGUUUAACGUUAACGGAAUUUGUGAUGCAGUAAUGCAUCACAAUCACUUGUUGGAAAAGGUGCUCAAUUUUGAAUUUGUAUUGCAUAGCACGCAUGCUAGCCAAAAUUUGUCAUGCGUUACUGCAAUCUGUGAGAACCGUUAUAACGUGAGCACUUUUCUUUUGUUUGAUAUUCCUCCGCCUGCAGGCCUUUCUCUACGAAUCGAUUGAAGAAUACAGCAAGGCGGUCAAUUAUCCGAACAAAAAAACAUUGUUGGUGUAACUUUGUGAUGCGCAACAUGCAAAGCGAUUGCAGCUGUCAUGCUGGGCAUGCAUUGAUGUAAGAUCCAUUCAAACGCGUUUUCCCGUACGCUCUGCGCAUGACAGAUUUUUGUUUUCAUGCCAGACAGAUUUGUAAUGCUGUGCCUCCAAUAAAACUUACGCCUACAUUGUUUUUUCCUGGGAUAUCAAUUCCAGGCUCAAAUUGUACGAGCUGCAGCUCCGGACCGCGAGCCCAGCGAAGGUCGUAGAGGGAAAAAAUGCGAGCAGAAAUCCUACGCAAAUAAACGAUCUCGCUUCAUCAUCAGGAGGGUCCGGAGCAGUUGCUGCAACCACAACCCUCGCAUCUUCAAUGCCUUCCGACCAGGGCUCCCGAGCGAAGGCGACCGCGGGGCUGUUUGAAUAUUUGACGCAACUGAUCAAAAACAACAACGACAAAUCGAACUCGUCCCCCGCGAAGCGACAGAACAGCCACCUCUGGCGCGUUUUUACCGAGGAUAACAACGAAUUACUGAAAAAAUUAGAACAGAUCGACUUGGAAAAAACCUGCGAAAUCAUCUUGAUCGCGGGAAAGGAACUUUUUCAGUCUGAUUACAAGCAGAUCGCUGACGCACUGACGAAGAAUUUGCCGCACUUGCAGAUCAAAUUUUUCAAACACUUGUUUUCGACCAGAAGUACAACUAGCGGGGGGAGUGGUAUGGACCAUGAUGGAGUGUUAUUCAAUACAAAUUUCCCGUACAUGUACAAAAUGCAUCACAAAUUUCACCAAUUUGGAGCGUAGUAAAACUUGUUAUGCUAUACUAGGAUCGAAGCCAAGUUUUGUCAUGCAGAGACCGCAUUUGUACGUGUGCGGGAAGUUUACUGUGGAUAAGUGUUGAAAACGUCGCAUCAUGGAAUAGCUACGACAGGAACUACUAGGACCGCAGCGGGCGGGAAUAAACAAGAACAGCAGGACGCAGAGCAUCAAGGUGCCAAUCAAAACACAACUAGUUAUGAACUGCAAAAGUAUCGUACUCGUGCUAAAAAUUGCAGUUAUGCAUUAGCAUUACAAAUUUAUUUUUCAAGCUAAAUCAGCAUGGCAAAUUCCAUUUGUCAUGCUGAGCUAAUUUGUAUUGCAAUACUACGAGUACGAAACUUUUGCAAUGCAUAUUAGUACCUUGAGAGCAACGAAAACGUCCACGGAGCUCCAGUUUUGCCAGUCGUACAUCCAUAUCCACUGCAAAAGCAUGAUCCCACUCGUACUAAUCGUAUAAUCACGCAUGACAAAUCUGGUUAGUUACUAACUGAAUCCGCAUGACGAAUUCUAUAGUCUCUUGUUCUCGAGAAAGUUUGUCAUGCGAUUUUUCGGUACACGUAGUAUUAAGAUGCUUUUGCAUUGCAUAAUCCUUUCGUUCACAAAGCUGAUGAUCGACCAGGAGCCGGAGAACGUGUUUGAUUUUUUCCUGUAUGCGUUGCAAAUAUGUCUCUGGAAGAAUGCAGAGUUUGUCAUGCUCAGCCAGUAUGACUCUCAAGUCUGUCAUGCGCGUUAGUCAUCAAGCAUUCGAGUUUAUAAUUUCUGUGCUGCGCUGGAAAGAACGCAGUUUGCCAUGCAGAACAGGCAUAGUACCUAGCAGCUCAAAACCUUGUCAUGCCUGGCCACCAAUCGGGACGUCCCCAAGAUUGUCCACCUAGCAUUACAAGUUUAAUAUUCCAGUCCCAGACACAUUUGCAUUUGAUAUCCUGGAAUUCGAAUCCAUUCUACCGGUGGAGGAGGCGCUGCGGGAGUGUUUGCUCAAGUUGCAAGAGGAACAGGAACAACAAGCAGGUGCAGGGUCAGCUUCUGGUGCACUGUCAGGCAAGGCGGGUCGUACAACUGGAAUCACGAUCGGCAACAUGACAACAGGUUCCGGAAUAAAUAGUCUGAAUAAGAGAUCAACACCAUCGCCCCCCUCCGCUUCCUCUAGCACGAUCAUCGACGGAGCAAUUUGGCUGUUGGAAAAAGUCGGGGACCACGCUCGGGCGAUCCAGUUGUUUGUGCGCCAGUUUAGAACCGAAAUUGGCCAUCUUUUGCUGCUUGAUCAUGUUGGCACCAGGAACAUCACCGGAGAAGAAGAACACGAGGGGGACAACAAUACGGCCGGAGCGCGGGCGGUAGAGGAUUUUAAAAUUCCUGGAUCUUCGGUGAUGGGGAACAAAAGCAAAAGUGACUAUUUUGUCACAACGAAACUGAUCACCAAUGCGGACCAGUACUGCGAUCGAAACGCAGGAGUGCUGACAAACGAGGACUUGUCCCGACUUUGGUUUUCGUUUUUCGAUUCUGCGCUCGAGAUGGAGACCAAGCAGGCGUCGAGACUAGUACAGGCGGAGGAAGUGCAACAAAUGGUGGACGAGCAGGAGAAGAUGAAGAGUAGACCAGCAGGAGCCACUUCUACUACCGUCACUUCUGCCGCAACGUCGAAUAAAACCGGUGAAAGUAGAAGUGGUAGAAGAACACCAAACCACUACACAGGAUUGGCACCUUCUUCCCAAGAAACGCAAGCACAACUCUCGCCCGUCGCGCAAAUCUCGACGACGAUGAUUCGUCACCUGCCCGCGACCUUCUGCUUGCGAAAACUUUCCCAGGAGAAGCCCUACACGGAACUGCCGAUCUUCGCACUUACCACCCCGAUCACGAUCAUCACCAACGCGAUGAAGUUUCACAGCCGGUUUUUAGAGUCGAGCCUCACCAUCGUGGGCCAGGACAUCCUGCAGGGCAUGAGUGAGUUCUACGCGCUGGAAAGGAAGGGUGUUUUUGGCUACUCGCCGUUGCACGAGAGGACAGGAGGAGCUUUUGGAGGCGCGGCGGGGAACAACAAGCUGGGGAAAAGUAAAGGCCGGGGGAAGCAAGGCAGGAACAACGGGUCCUCGAUGACGUUAUUUCCUCCAGGGGUCGCCGUGAGUAAAGCGGUGGUGGAUGAGGAAAAUGGCGUGAUCAAAGUGAAGGCGGGCGGAGGAGGGGCCGUCGUGUAUGGGAUGGGUGGAAGUUGACGAUGACGAAGGAAAAGUAGUAGGGGGUGUGCUGUAGCUAUGAGACUGUCAGCCUGAUGAAUAAGAUUAAAAGUUGAAGUGUAAGUUGUAAACUCGAAGUAGAAGAAGUUGAGCAUAGGGUAAAGUUUGUUUCAGAUGAUGUUGACAAAAAUUCUAUCAGAAGGCUUCAUCGAAGUGAUUGUUUGAUGAAGCAAAAGAACGACAAAAAACGCGAAUUAGUGAAGAGGAAGAACGCAUCGAAGAUACAACUUUAAAGAUUCCGUCCUAAUUCGUGAUGGAAAAUAAAAUUGGACGCGUAUGAACAUGG